AUGAGUAAUUCAACAGCCUCACUCAUCUCCAAGAUUGGGUUUGUAUCCCAAGUGUUUGAGGACAAUCAAACUGCGGCGGCUAUCACUGGUACCACCUUCACUUCGAUUUAUCAGGAAAUUUCUUCCUCACAAACUCAACUACAUUUCCUCGAACGUCUUUGGGCUUCAUGGUAUGUCUACAUGAAAAAUGAUGUUUUGGCCACCGGUUUGAUGUUCUUCUUACUCCAUGAGAUAAUGUACUUUGGUCGUUGCUUGCCUUGGUACAUCAUUGACAAAUUUGGAUUGUUUAGAAAAUACAAGAUUCAACCAACGGUCAUCCCAACCGACAAAGAGCAAUGGGAAUGUCUCAAAUCUGUCUUGAAAUCUCAUUUCAUUGUUGAAGCCUUGCCAAUCUGGACUUUCCACCCUAUGUGCAUGAAACUUGGAAUUUCCGUAACGGUUCCUUUCCCAGACUACACUACCAUGUUGAAACAAAUUGCAAUCUUCCUUUUCCUUGAGGAUUUAUGGCAUUAUGUCUUCCACAGAUUAUUCCAUUACAGCAUUUUCUACAAAUAUAUCCACAAGCAACACCACAAGUACGCUGCUCCGUUUGGGUUGGCUGCCGAAUAUGCCCAUCCUAUUGAAGUUAUGGCUCUUGGGUUUGGUACCGUCGGUUUUCCAAUAAUUUACGCGUACAUCUUUAACGGUUUGCAUUUAUUCACCGUGUGUUGCUGGGUCGUUACCAGAUUGUUCCAAGCUGUCGAUUCCCAUUCAGGCUACGAUUUCCCAUGGUCUUUGAACAAGUUUUUGCCAUUCUGGGCUGGCGCAGAACACCAUGACUUGCAUCACCAUUAUUUCAUUGGUAAUUACGCCUCUUCUUUCAGAUGGUGGGAUUAUGUCAUGGACACUGAAUCCGGCCCAGUUGCCAAAGCUGCUAGAGAAAAGAGAAUGAAGAACAAGACCGAAAGAAAGGUCAAAGUCAACUAA